GUUUACACUACUAAUAUUAUGAUUUAGCGAUUGCAUGUGCGUUCAGGCGUUGAGAAGUGGUGCUCCAGGAUACUUGCUUUCACAAAGUAGGCCAAAGACAGUUGAAGAGGGCCGUACGGUCUUCAUUUUGUGCUCAAGGGCACUACUAGCACUUCCAUCCCUGCAUCGGAUCGACGGGAGAUUCAAAUUGCUUUUUAAGAGCCUGUCUUUGCCCGCUUUGAUAGAUUCUCAGGUUCAGAAGUCCAGCCAAGAGAGUGCUGCGUUUUCCUGCCUUUAGCACCAUCAUUCAAUCAAAUAGAACUCAAGCUUAGGCUUUCACAAUUGUCAAUGGUAAAUUGUGGACGGUACCAGUCAGCGCCUGCAUGUACUGGAGGAAUCCUGGUGCGAGUCUAAUGCAGCAACAAGCUGCCACUUUGGCAUGAAGUUUCUUCUCUAGAGUAUUACAAGUUAAGAUAGCAACAACCUAGCUUGCUACUUACAGCGUUACACAACGAGCUAAAGCUGACAGUGGUUUGCAGAACCAGAGGCGGGGGUGGUGGCAGUAUCCAACCAUUCAGGCCGUACCCCAGGACCAUAAUAUCUCAAAGAUGACCAGUCUGAAUUGCUGAACAUUGAAAGAGCUCAGGAACAGAGCGGAUGUCACACCCUGAGCCAGGAGACGGUUCCGAGGAAGGGCCGACAUCCGCUGAUGAUGCAGUAGCAACAUUAACCCGGGACAGCUCGCCAACAGGCGCUGCAAGGAGAAAGUCUAGCUCAAGAGCAUCAGUCGUCAAAAGUGAACAGUCUACAGUAGAUGCCGGUGGGAAGCCUUGGUGGGCCUUUCGUAAGCAAAGCCACGCCGUAAGACCAAGUACAGAGAGUGCAUUGCAAAGAUCCAAUGUUUUGGCGAAGUUUAUCAGGAGUGCUGCUGAAACAGAGGUGGAACCCCCUGCGGUUUUAAGGAGAGCAAGAAAGCCGGGCUUCCUAAAGAAGUUGCCCCCUUGGCAAGAUGCGCUUGCGGGGGCGACAGCCGGCCUGGGGUCCACCCUAUUGCUACACCCCCUGGAUGUGAUCAAGACGCGAUUACAAGUGCAAGAUGGAGCUGGACUACAGAUUCCCAAGUAUCGGGGCACCUUCCACGCUUUUCGGAGCAUCCUGCAAAACGAGGGAGGCAGGGCCUUGUACGGCGGUCUUGGGCCUGCUAUUCUUGGGUCGUCCAUCUCGUGGGGGAUCUAUUUUUCCUAUUACAGCGGCGCGAAACGGCGGUACCAGCGGUGGACCGGUCGGAAGGAGCUCAGUGCGCCUCUUCACCUGCUGGCUGCGGGGGAGGCUGGGGUAGUGUGCGCCAUCUGCACAAAUCCCAUCUGGGUCCUGAAAACGCGCCUCCAGAUCCAAGAAAAGCUGCGGGUCGCGGCAGGCCAGCAACUCGCGCAGACGUCGUCUCUCAUACCUUACCGGGGCACCUACGACGCCUUCUGGAGCAUUCUCCGGGAAGAGGGCGUGCAGGGCUUCUACCGGGGCCUGGUACCCAGCCUAUUGCUGGUGUCGCACGGGGCGCUCCAGUUCAUGGCGUACGAGGAGAUGCGGAAGCUCGCUGUGAAGGCGCGGAGUGUGAAUAGCCACCGGCCGCCGAGUGGCGGCUCCGGCAGCGGGGACUCCGAGCUGAAAGCCGUCGACUUUGCAAGCAUUGGUGCAGCGUCCAAGCUCUUCGCCACGGUGGUUACAUAUCCGACACAGGUCAUUCGAUCGCGUCUUCAACAACGGCCCGGGCAGAUGGGCCACAAGUACCGAAACGGCUGGCACGCGUUGCGGGAGCUACUAAAGAACGAGGGGGCUCGUGGGUUGUACAAAGGUUUUGUGCCAAAUGUGCUGCGGGUCAUGCCCUCGUCAGCGAUUACCUUUGUUCUUUACGAGAGCUUGAUGCGGGUUCUAAAGCAGCGAGAGAAGUCCUGAGCUUCGGAAGGAUACUGAAUCUGGUUUGGUGUUGGAGCGCAGUGCGUCUCAUUUGCAGCUGCGCCCUUGUCAGACAUCCUUCUAGAGAUCAUGAGAGAAGGUGUGGUCGAAGCGCCGCGCUUUGAUUACAUGCAAAUUCAAGCACGAUCGACUGGUGUAUCUGCAAAGUUUCAUAUAUCAGAACGAGGGGUUUGCAGUGGG